CCAGGUGAGCCGCAGCAGAAGUUCCCAAGUUGCAGUGGAUUUUUUUCGCUUGGUUGUCAGGCGUCUUUUUUUCCCCUGGAAUGGGGCAGGGCUAUUUCAGUGAUUUGUCUGCUACAGCAGGGAGAUUUAGUACAAAAGAAAACCCGAAAAAAUAAUCUUUUAAAAAUUCUGGGUUUGUGUGUGUUCGCUCGCUCUGGACUGUGAGUGACAGCUGAAGCGGAAAACAGGAACCGAGAGGAACCGAGGAGAGGCGAAGCAGCGCGAUGGCGGCUCUCGGUAACCCCGGCAGCGCCUCCGGCCCCAUUCUCAUGCUGGCCGCUAAAACCAAGACUAAAAAGAAAAACUUCGUCCAGCAGAAGGUGAAGGUGUUCCGCGCCAGCGACCCGGUGCUCAGCGUCUUUAUGUGGGGAGUAAAUCAUUCGAUAAACGAUCUAAACCAGGUUCCCGUCCCUGUUAUGCUUCUCCCUGAUGACUUUAAAGCCAACACCAAAAUCAAAGUCCAGAACCAUCUUUUCAACAAAGAGAACCUCCCGGGGCAUUUCAAAUUUAAAGAGUACUGCCCACAAGUGUUCAGGAACCUCCGAGAGCGUUUCGGGAUCGAGGAUCUGGACUUCCAGGCCUCUCUGACCCGCAGUCCCCCGGUGAAGGGUGAGGGGCAAGGCGAGGGUCUCCUCUUCACCUCAUACGACCGCACUCUGGUGGUGAAGCAGAUCUCCAGCGAGGACGUUGCCGACAUGCACAGCAUCCUGUCCGAAUAUCACCAGCACAUAGUGAAGUGUCACGGCAGCACGCUCCUCCCUCAGUUCCUCAGCAUGUACCGCGUGAGCGUGGAGAGCGAGGACACCUACCUCAUCGUCAUGAGGAACAUGUUCAGCCACCGGCUCAUCGUGCACAGGAAAUACGAUCUUAAGGGUUCCCUGGUGUCUCGAGAGGCCAGUGAUAAAGAGAAGGUGAAAGAGUUACCCACCUUCAAGGACGUAGAUUUCAGGAACAACAUGCAAAAGGUGUACGUGACCGAGGAGGAGAAAGAGAAGAUCCUGGAGAAGCUCAACAGAGAUGUCGAGUUCCUGGUAAAGCUGAAGAUAAUGGACUACAGCUUGCUGCUGGGGAUCCACGACGUGGUGAGGGCCGAGCGUGAGGAAGAGGAAGCGGAGGAGCCGAGCUGCGAGGACGAAGGGGAGGCGGAGAACGGCGUCAACCCGACACCGCACGUCGGCUCCUACGGCACGUCACCUGAAGGGAUUGCCGGCUACAUGAACUCUUUUAAACCCAUGGGCCCUGGCGAGUUCGACCCCUACUUGGACGUUUACGCCGUGAAAAGCGCCCCAGGAGCGCCGCAGAGGGAGGUGUACUUCAUGGGUCUCAUAGAUGUGUUGACGCAGUACGAUACCAAGAAGAAAGCCGCGCAUGCAGCUAAGACUGUUAAGCACGGGGCUGGUGCAGAAAUAUCCACAGUUCAUCCAGAACAAUACGCCAAACGAUUCCGUGACUUCAUCUCCACUAUUUUUGCAUAGAAUCUUCAUCUUCAGUCUUAAUCUCUAUUGUCUUUCCAGUUCGGGUAUUUCUGGUAGUUUUGUAUAUAUUUUACCAAAAAAAAAAACAAAAAAAAAAAUCUAUCACUAUCACAUAAGCACAUGUAUGCUAUGUAACCAAGAAUGAACGUAUAACAUUCUGAUUAAUGUUAACGAAAUCACCUGCAUAUUUAUUUGUGAAUAAUCUGAGAAGAGACUGAAACUCAUUUUUUAAUAUUAUCACCUGUCUUUCAUCUGCACUAUUGGAGUAUACUUUUCUGUAAGAAAUGUGAACUUGUAGCGGCAGCACACACUAAAUCAUCCUCCCAUGUGAGCAAGCGCUCGCGCUCUCUCUCUCUCUCUCCAUACCUCUCUCUUCCUCUCUUUCAGAACGAAGGAAAGAGAGCUGCCUUGUUGUUCUCGGCGUAUCGCGACCUGCUGUUCUCUGUAGCACACACCGCCUUUAGCAGCUUUGCGUUCUUUAAGCUGCACUAGAGCGUGAUUGUUAAUAAAUGUCAUUUGUUAGCAUUUGUACCUAAUGUCUAGAGAAAAGCAAUAUUUUGAAUAUUUGUAUAAAUGCCUAGAGUAUAUCGUUCCAUAUGUUUUCUAGCUAUUUUAUGCAGAUUAGAAGGAAGAAAAAAAAUUCACAGCUUAGAGAACAGAACUAGGAUCGCAUGCCUUGUUUAAUUUUAUUUAUAUUCCAAUUCAGUGUUUGGACCAAAUAUAUUUUUUUGACGAUUUUCAGAAACAGCUUGAGUUUGUUUGUUUUGUUUUGUUUUUUUUAAAUUAAGAACAAACUUCAGUAUUUCACA